CUAAAUAUCACCAACUUCAUAUAUAUUAUCAUUUUUAACAAUGGCAAAGACAAUGUUGGUUGUGUUUCUUAGUGCUCUUUUAAUUUGUACAUUUUUUACUCAAGAUGUUGAGGCUAAAAAAUUUAUCGGUUAUGGAGCAAUUGGACGUGACAUUAGUCCUGGAUGCAGCCCAAAACAUCCUGAACUUUGCAAAUUCCAUCCAGCUAAUCCAUAUCGCAGAGGUUGUGAGGCAGAAAUGAGGUGUCGCGGAGGUCCAUCGGCCGAAAAGGAGGAAGAAGAAGUAGAAGAAGAUUCAGAUCAUUCUCAUAUUCCAAUUCCAGACUUACCAAGAAAAAUGCUUCCUUGAUACAAGUUGUUGCUAAGAUUCAUUUUCCUCUAAAAUAAAACGUUCACCUAUGUGUACGUCUAAUGUAAUCUUUGCCAUUCAUCAAUA